GCCAUGGAGGAACCACUCAACAGCACCAUUCAUCCAGCUUGUCUACAGGAGCCACCUCUGGCUAUUGACGUGAUAAAGCAGCUAGAUAUGUUUGGAUUUUGCCUGUACGCCAUGCUCACCUUCAUGUCCUGCAUCUCCCUGCUUCUCUACCUGGAGCAGUGUGUUUACAUUUAUAAAAAACUGCCCUACUCCAGGAAGACCACCAUCAUUUGGAUCAAUGGUGCAGCACCAGUCAUUGCCACCAUGUCCUGCCUUGGGAUGUGGAUCCCAAGGGCAGUAAUGUUCACAGACAUGACGUCCAACUGUUAUUUUGCAGUUGUGGUGUACAAAGUGUUGGUGCUGAUAAUCGACGAGUUGGGGGGCAGCAAUUAUUUUCUGGAGCGGUUUUCAGGUGAAACCUUUAGGAUCAACACGGGACCCUGCUGCUGCUGCUGCCUCUGUUUACCACGUGUGCCCAUGUCACGGAAAAUGUUAUUCUUGCUUAAGUUGGGUGCUCUUCAGUAUGCGAUCCUAAAGACGGUGCUCUCUGUCCUCGCCAUAGUACUGUGGACAAACGGCAACUUUGAUCUUGCUGAUCUCGAGAUCACUGGUGCAGCCAUUUGGUUAAAUCCAUUCAUUGGUGUCCUAACUAUCAUCUCCCUUUGGCCUGUCGCCAUCGUUUUCAUGAACACUAACAGCCUUCUACGAAGCCUCAACAUUGUACCCAAGUAUGCCAUGUACCAAUUAAUACUUGUACUGAGUCAGCUGCAGACUUCAAUCAUUAACAUCCUGGCCUUGGAUGGAACCAUCGCCUGUGCCCCUCCCUUCUCCUCCCAGGCUCGUGGAUCAAUGCUAAGUCAGCAGAUGAUGAUCAUGGAGAUGUUCAUCAUCACUCUGGUCACUCGGUUUUUGUGGCGUCGUACGUAUAGCACGCUUCCCUCUGUGGCACAUGACAACAACCAGAAUACCAAAAUUGCCCUGCAGGGUGCUCACGUGGAGCACAAUGUCUAA